ACACGCACUCCACGCAUGCCGCCCGGAGGCGUUGUCCGCGAUCUCGCGUCUGAUUGGCUGCGCGACGGAGCCGCACCCCCGCGCCGCGGCUUAAGAGGCGGCGCCUCAGAGCAGCCGACUCCACGUGCUGAACGCUCCCUCCGCGUCGUCGUUCAUUGCGCUCUCGUCCCCGCUCAUCUCGCCCGCUCAUCACGCAAAUACCGAGCAGCAGCAACAGCAGCAGCAACAACAACAGCAGCAGCAGCAACAACAGCAGCAGCCAUGCCCGUGAUCGAGACCAUCACGGUGGAAGCUCCCACCUUGGAGCAGCAGCAGGACACGGCGCAGGCGCUCAAGGGUUCGUCCCCGGGCUCCCCCACGACAUCGCUGCUGCUGCCCCUGCUGCCCCUUCACGCGUGCACGCCGUUGCGCGAGAGCCUGGCGCUGGGCCGCGUGGCCGGCACGCGCGUGCUCCUCAAGCUCGACAACGCGCAGCCCUCGGGCUCCUUCAAGAUCCGCGGCAUCGGACACCUCUGCCAAGUGUCGGCACGGAGAGGAUGUCAGCGAUUCGUUUGCUCCUCCGGCGGGAACGCCGGCCUGGCCGCCGCUUACUCUGCGCGGAUGCUGGGCGUGCCGGCCACCAUCUACGUCCCCACCACCACCCCGAACUUCACGGUGGAGCGCUUGCGCGACGAGGGGGCCACCGUCAACAUUCACGGACAGAUGCUGGACGAUACGAUUGAGUACGCGAUGGAGGUGGCCAAAGCCAACAACUGGGUCUACAUUCCCCCAUUUGACAACCCUCUCAUUUGGGAGGGCCACGCGAGCCUGGUGCACGAGCUGAAGGCCUCCAUGCACUCCAAGCCGGGUGCCAUCGCCCUGUCUGUGGGUGGUGGAGGCCUCAUGUGUGGCGUGGUGCAGGGCCUGAGGGAGGUGGGCUGGGAGGAUGUCCCCAUCAUCGCCAUGGAGACGCGAGGGGCCGACAGCCUCAACGCCGCGCUUCAGGCUGGGAAGCUCGUCACACUACCCAGCAUCACCAGCGUAGCGAAAAGUUUGGGCGCCAAAAGGGUUGGCGCCUACUCGUUCAAGGUGGCCAAUGAACACCCGGUCUUCUCAGAGGUCAUCUCUGACCAGGAGGCUGUGAAAGCCAUGGAGAGGUUUUUGGACGAUGAGAAGAUCCUGGCGGAGCCGGCGUGCGGGGCGGCGAUCGCGGCCGUUUACUCCAAGGUGAUCCAGAAGCUGCAGGGGGAGGGCAAGCUGAGCUGGGACCUGCCCUCCGUGGUGGUGAUAGUGUGCGGGGGCAGCAACAUCACGCUCAAGCAGCUCUACCUCCUCAAGGAGCAGCUGGGCAUGGACGACGACACGUCCUCGUGAGAGGCUGCGUCGCCUCGUUGAAAAGGGCCCGGAGUGGGGGUGGGCAGGAGCGUUAAAUUGUCUUUGCUUGGACACGAGCAGGAGAGACACGAGCCUAUAAUGAGAUUAAAAAGUGAGAUGUGAAUAGCAAUAGUGUUUUUAAGUAUUUUUUUGUAAGUUAUAUAUGGGAAUUAUUUUUGUAGGGAUAGAGUUUCAGUACGAAACGCUUUGCAGAGUCUACCGAUUUGGACUUUUGUCUGUCGUUACUCAGAAGCUCGUUUGGGGGUUAUUUCCUGUUGCGGGAAAAGUCAGAAAUGAAAAUCGGUAGGUAUAGUGUUGAAGAGUGGGUUUUGUAAUGUUAUGUGGGGAUUUGUUUUGCAGGGAUAAAAUUUUAAUAUAAAAUCGAUGCAUAUUGUCGACUGAAAUUUAACUUUUUGCGUUAAUUGCAACUAAGAAACGUGUCUCUUAAUUCCCUGUCUUGGUCUUAGGGACUCUACCGCCAUUCGUGUCCGCUGUUGUAUUUGUAUUUUUUUUUUUACCGACAGCCACCAAGCAGUCUCUGUUAUUGCUUGCAAUUGGAGGAUGUCACGUUGGCCGUCGUACCAAAUGGCAUUCGGAGUUCGUCUCUGGGGUUUACGAAUGUGCACCCGCAUGUUGUUAAGAAGCCAACCUCAACUCAAAGGUUUUGUCAGCUGUGCUGACACAAUCUCCGUUCACACACCGACAAAUUCUCACUCAUGUGAAACUGGUCGGGCGAGAGCAAUAGUGCACAACGAUGGAGCUGGAAUGCUGCGAAGUUGGUGGGGCGUGGGUUGGAAUUCUGUUGUCGUAGGUGAAGGUGUGGAGGGGCACCAAGUGGUGCAUAGGUGUUCACCAAAGGCACUUUGGAACAUUACAAAUAUAUAACUUGUCGUUUCUGUUGUACAUCCGGCCCAAAAUAUUUGAAGGCACAUUCUACUGUACCGAUAUCUACAUCAUUUUAGUGUUCUUGAAAUGUCGUUUUUAGUUAUAAUGCUGGAUUUUAUAAUGAAUAUUUCGUAAACAUUUUAAACACUGUAUAGUAAAAGCAAUAUUUAAUGUUUUGCUGUUACGUUUCGGUGCGUACUGUAAUAAAUUUGUUGAAAGGCCAGAAAA